CCAACCCAUUAUCAAUGGGUCUACUUGGGUUUGGGUAUAAUUACCCAUGGGUGGGUAAUUUGCCAUCCCUAGUAAUCCCACAAGCCGCCAACUGAGACAAAGGAGCCGUCACAGUGCACAAUUCGAUCGAAAGGGCCAAGCGGUGGUGAGGGGUUUCGACGGGAUCCCCUAGGCUGAGAAGGACAACUAGCUUAUCUCAGGAUUGAGGACUGUGAGGUUGUGUCUCGAGCUUCGUUGAUGUUCAUGAAUUCACGAUUAGCUAAAGUCGCUGAGUUGGGGUGGGGAAAUAGCACUGCUCUCAAAGAUUGUAGGUCUCCUAUGUGGGAACCAGAAAUUAAAAACGAGAUGGAAAGAGGUUGUCAAAUACUCCAACCAACAAAUAAUUACCUAGCCAGGGAAUAAUUAUCAUUUGCCGGCAGUAGGAGUUCUUAGUUGGGUCUGUGUGGGAAGUAGGGGUUAAAAAUGAGAAGGCGGACGAGAUUGUCAACUACUUGAACCAAUUAUAUAUAUAAUAAUAAUAUUGAGGGGGAUCAUUAUCAUUUAUCAUAUGCCUGAAUGAAGAAGGAAGAGGUAUCGUCGAUCGGAAGGAUAAUGCCGGCCGACCUAAACAGACAUCUACCAAGAGCACAUAAGAUAGAAUUGAGAGAAUAUGGCUAACAAAACUGCCUUCUUCAUUUUAUUAUUGAAAUUUUCCUAUGCUCAAAUUUCUAGGCUCAUGCCUCUCUGCCCGAUCGGGGACUAUAAAUAAGUCCGCCUGGAUUGAAUCAUUAAUCAAACAGAGAAAAAAAAAAGACAUAAUUUAUUAAGCAAAUCCGACCAACAUAUAUUUAUAUAUAUAUAGAAUGAUGAUGAUGAUGAUGAAGUCUGGAAGCAUGUUGGGAAGAAGAAUCUCCCCAUUUCUUCUUCUUCUUCUGGUGAUGGUUGUCGCAGUAGUCUUUCUCCAUGGCCGAUCUCCAAUCUUUGCAGGUGAUCAUAUAUAUACAUGUCUAAUUAAUGAACUUUCAUUCAUCUUCCUCCAUGCAAUAUGCACGAAUAUCCCAGCUCUAUCUACUGUUAUUUGUUAAUUAGCACGUUACUGAUGUUGAAUUGAACUUGGGUUUUCGGCCGAUGUUACGUACGUAGCUGCGCAUGUGGAGGAUUGUACCGGCUUGACAGUGGUGGCUUCAACAGACACGUGCUGCGAUGUGGUGAGAAAAUCCAGCAUCACAAUGAAGAAGCUCUUCUCUUUAAACCCGAAUCUGGAUUGCGAUAAUCUCCCAAUAACACUCUGCACCAGGGAUUAAUUAAUAUAUAUUAACCAUGAUAUAUACUUAAUUACAAGCGCGCAGCUUCACAGAUGGCAUGCAUGCUCUACAUAUAUAGAUCCAUCGAUGUGCUUGUAAUUAAUGUAAACUGAAUACCGUUUGCUAGUUACUGCAUGCAUUGCUUACCUACCUUCCUAUGUAACCAUUCCUCCUGCUGGUUUAACGACAUCGUAUAGUUGGAGCAAAUAAACAACAACACAGCCACGGAGAUCGAUCUGAAUAAAUAAAAUUUAUAUUUUAUAUGAGUACUUGUGUUUCCAUCGAAAUCUUAUGAAUGAGUUCCAUGGAAAUGAAAUCUGGUUUAAUUAAUUAAUUACAAAAGGAUAUAAUAUGUACAGUGGCGGACCCAGAAAUUUUUCAUAGGGGUGUCCUCUUUUAAAAAUAAAUUAAAUAAAAAUAAUUAAUAAAAAUAAAAUCGUAAAUUUGAAAAUACUUUACUUGUACAGGUUAAAAAAGUUUCAUAUUCGAAAAUAAUUGUAGAAUACACUUGGUGUCUAUAGUGUUAAAAUUUUUUGUCUCUAUAUACCCUACUAGACAAUCAUUCACGAACUUAUCGCAUAUUCGAUUUGUAAACUUGUUCUCACCCAAAGCUGAAAGACUCUUUCAACACUUGUCGUAUUAAGACUAGCUUGAAAUUGGUUUAAUUGUUAGGUUUUUAAAAUAAUUAGAGAUAGGAAAUGACAUUUUACUAUUACAUUUUUCAAAAUCGAACAACAAAUGAGUUGUAGGUCAACGAAAAUUAAGUUUAUUAAUAAGAAUAGUAUUCUAGAUUUGAAUUACCCAAUCUACCACUUAUAUUCCUAUACACAAAUGACAGUAGGAUAAUCAUGUUUUCAAAUUUCAGCGGUGUCCCUCACUAUCAAUUUUUUUUUUUUGUUCAUAUGUAAACUACCACCGGGGGUUGGAUAAUCGUAUUCCCAAAACCCCCUGGGUUCGCCCCUGAAUAUGUAAAAGGGCUAGAGCGGUUAAGAAAGUGUCAUUUGUGUUUCGAACUAUUCAAUAUUCUAUUUAUGUCCCAAUUUAUGAUAGUUGUGUGUCAUCUAUGUUUUGACGAUUUUGUUGACUGUAAUAGGUAAUGGUUACCAGACGGAAGUCAACUUUAGCAUUGACUUUUGUUGACAUGGCAGCCACGCAGAUGCAACAUCAUUGACCCCUCAUAUUUUUUUUUAAAUUUAAAAUUUUAAUUUAAAUAUUUUUUAAGUUGGAUCAUAUUGAAAGGUUAGUUGGAUCAUCCCAACUUCUUGAUCACUUGGGUAAAAAUGAUGCAUUGGUAGACGCCACUUAUUGUUUAUGAUUGUAAAUGUUAAUGUCAUUGCCAAUGUGACAAGAACCAUAAGGUCGCACACAAAUAUUUUUGUUCGGAUCAAUUAAAGAGUCAAAGCUUGUUGGCUAGGGACUGACGUGUAUAGUCUAAUGCUUUGAGCAUUAAACUAAAGAGCUAGAAUUGUAUUGGUGGUUAAUUAAAAUAAAUUGGCAUUUCAAUCACGAGGUGUUAAUUAGCACGAGGUGGCCAUUAGCACGAGGUGUUAACAAACACGAAGUGUAAACAAGCACGAGAUGAUAAUAAGAAUGACGUGGAUUAUAAUUAUCAUUAUCUUCCACAUUAUUACGUAGAUUCAUUUGAGAAUGAGUCAUCACCACAUUAAAUGAGUCAUUUUGAUGACUCGUAUAUUUAACCAUGAGGUGCAGACUUUUGGUUCAUUUGAGAAUGAAUCAUCAUCACAUUAGAUGAGUCAUUUUGAUUACUAAUAUGAUUAACCAUGAGGUGCUGAAUUUAGGUGCAUUCGGAGACGAUUCAUCUCCAUAUUUGACGAGUCAUUUGAUGACUCAAUUGUGAAAGGAUGAGUUGCAGAUUUUUGGGUUCACAUAAGAUGAAUCAUCACCAUUUCAUGAGCCUAGAAAUGGGGGCUGAAAUGAGUGACGAAAAUAAGUACUUCACUUGCCAUCUCUAGCUUUCUUAGUCAUCUUGAAAAGUUCAUAAACACUAAAAUUCUUUAAUCCUCCAAAUUUCAUGGCUAGCAUCAUUCCAUGGAGGCCGUUGGUGGUAGCUAAGGCUCCUAUAUGGGAACUAGCUAGGAGUUAAAAAUGAGGUUGACGAAUAAUGUAUAAUUAGCUAGGGAAUAAUUAUCAUAUGCCGGCAGUACGUCUUCUUGCGCGCGGGUCUAUGUGGGAAGUAGCCAGUAGGAAGGUAUCGCCGGAAAUAUAAUGCCGGCCGGCCUAAACAUCUACAAAGCGCACCAAAGACAGAACUGGAAGAAAAGAGAAUAUCGCUAACAAAACUGUGUUCUAAUUCCUUUUUAAUAUUGAAUUUCCUAGCUAGGGCUGCAAUUCUCCUCCACACGGCUCAAAUUUUUGGGCUCAUGCCUGAUCGAGCACUAUAAAUAAGGCCGGCUGGAAUAGACGAUCAUUUGUCAAACAGAGGGGGAAAACAUAAUUUCCACACACACAAAAAAGAAAAAACAUAAUUUCUUUAAAAAAAAAAAUACAACAUAUAGAACGAUGAUGAAGUCUGGAAGCAUGUUGGGAAGAAGAAUCUCCCCAUUUCUUCUUCUUCUGGCGAUGGUAAUUGCCGCAGUACUCUGUCUCCACGCGGAUGUUGGCCGAUCUCCAAUAUUUGCAGCUGCGCAUGUGAAGCAUUGUACAGGCUUAACAGUGGUGGCAUCAACAGACACGUGCUGCGAUGUGGUGAGAAAAGACGGCAUCACAAUGAAGCAGCUCUUCCAUUUAAACCCGCAUCUGGAUUGCGAUAAAAUCCGCUUCGGGAUGACACUCUGCACCAGGGGUUAAAAUUAAUAAUGAACCAUAUAUUAUAUAAUAAUGUUAACGUAAAUGUACGUUACUGCAUGCAUGCAGACAUUAUAUUAUUGCGUUGCCUGCCUAAGCCUACCAGUUUCCGGUUUAAAGAUGACGACGUAAGGCUAGCUCAAGAAAGAAGACACUAUAAUGCCGGCUGGCAGCUGCCACUACUAGAUCUCCUAGUGUCGUAGUCACCAUAUAUAGUUUGAGAAAAAUAAACAGCACUACUGUUGUAGCCAUGGAGUUCUUCUAUCUCAAGAAAUAAAAAUUAACAUUUUAUGACUACUUGUUUCUGUUGAUAAUCUGGAAACGAAUUCGAAAGCAGUAAAUAAUACAGACGGAUUUAUGUGGUAUCCCCGAUUUCCCAGGACUACGCACCAACUUCCACCCCGAACUUAAACAACGCAGGGUAACACACAACCUCGCAACUCGCAAGGACAAAAAUAUAUAAUGAUGAGUCAAGCGUUUAUAAUAUAAUAACAUAUUGUAU